CGAUAUAUAUUGAAGAUAGCAAUUUCAUCAUCGAAAAAGCUUAACCGCUUAGAUCUUCGGAAAUUAGCCAUGGGCACCAUUCUUGUGGACUGCAAAACGAGAAAGAGAGCAGAUCCUAUCCACUAACAGACAGCCCUCGUGCCGGACGAGUCAGCUGCUGGAGCGAUGCGCCCAUGUGCCCCAUCCGAUGCGCCAGGACGUCAAUCCAUGAGCAACAGCAAAUGUGCGACAGCCUCGCGGCUGACACAGUCACUUGGCUGGGGGGAAGAGGCAACAGCAUGGGACUAGCCGUGCAGAUCUAGAACUGUGCCUAAUAAUGAACGGCGUUUCGCGCUCAGCGACGGCAAUUCUUCACUCUUCCAUUCUUCGUAUAUAUUCAUCUUCAUCCCUAAAUUUCCUUUUCUUAUCAUACACCUGUCUAAUCCCACUACAUUGUUACCCCGCAGAGCUAGCUACCCAGGGAGAGAAGAAUGUCGGAGCUCUCCCCAUCACGGAGCUUCCAAACACCUCGUGAAUACUAUUCCAGCUUCACCAGCCGUCCUCAUAUUCAAGAAAAGUUUCAGGAUAUUGACGAGGAGGCCAAUUUCCGGGCCUACCUUCAUUUGCUUCAGAAUGCGCUGACGCAAAAUUUUGUUCUGGAUUUUGGCAACGACGAUGCAUGGUGCGCAGUGAAUCUGGAAGAAGAGGACUUUGCGCGAUUGUUACGCAAGCCUAAACCUAGAUGUUUUGGAACCAGAUGGAUCAACAUUUGGGCUCCGGAGGAACAAAAAGAAACCAUCAAGACCAUAACUAGCAAUUAUGGCGUCUCGGAGCGAUUACAAGCAAUGAUGUGUACAGAUCCUGUAAAGCGUCCACCAAAACCACCGGUCACUCACACUCCGAGGAGCGGUUUUCGUGGGAGAGGCGUCGACCGACCGGUCCCCUCCCGCUUGGAUGACCCCGAAGGAGGUUAUACUAUGAAGGAUAUGGCCGAUCCGGAAGAUAUACAGAAUGCUGCAUCAUCCAAGGGGCUUACGUUUGCUCAAGUUACCAACCAAAUUUGGCAUUUUUGCUCGGUGGAUCAUGGUCCGAGAUACACCUGCAUUGGAUACAAUUCCCUAUACGUGAUACCACAUGUCGAAAUUGAUAACGGCAAAGACCUACCAGACGGAAAACGGCUAUGGUCCUGGCUUAUUCUUUGCGAUGACGGUACUAUAAUUUCCAUCCAGGAGAAUCCAUACCCUGGGCCACAAGGGCCUCCGCCUGAAGAAGAUACCAAGGCAGUGCUUGGAAUCGUCCGUAGAAACGUCCAGUUCAUCUUUUCCGGAGUAUCUAAACAGCAUUAUGCAACGUCUGAAAGUGACUCAUUGGUCACCAUCCGAGUACGGCAUUUCAGCGAUUCCGGACCAGACCAGGCGAGCAUCAAGCAGGAAGAUGGAUCAAGUUUGCUCUUUUACUAUAUUUUCGACGACUGGGUUUCGAGUUAUGGUCUCGUUGCAAAGCGCGAACAUAAGUACGGGGUGUUUCUCGAUCGAGUGAGGAGGAACAUGUUGAGUAAGCCGGUGGUUGAAUUGGUGGAUGAAUUACACUGGCUGGGUAGAAGGCUGGGAGUUCUGAAGCGUGUGUAUCAGAGCUACGAGCUCAUUAUGAUGCGCAUUCUGCAAAGACAACGAGUGCUUCGGGAUGAGGCACGCUCGAAUCGCCCUCCGUUCUCGAUGGGAAACACUUUCAAUGAGAGCGAUUUUGUGGAUCUGCGACAGAUGAACCUGCAAAGCAGUCUUAGCCUUGGAAGCAACCCAGAUACACCCGUGGGUGUCCCGUUAAGUUCGACCGCCGUUGCUCGUUUUGAGAGGUUGCUUGACCGCAUCAAAUUAUAUUGUUUGUCCGAGAUUGAUACCUGCAUGACUGAAAAGGAAUCUCUGACUUUUCUGAACUUCAACCUCAUCGCCCUCAAAGACUCCCAGGCUGUUGAAAAGCUGACGAGGAUUACGAUCCUGCUGGCCAAAGUGACGAUCCUCUUCCUCCCCGUUAGCUUGAUGACCGCGUACUUUUCGACGGAACUGAAGGGGGUCAAGGGGGUAUACACCACCAAUCAGUACUGGAUUAGUUUUGGGGUGAUCAUGUUUUUGUCCAUUGUGACGCUAUCGUUGUUUGGAUAUGCCAGCGACACGGUGGAAGGCAGAACCAUCUACCAGUCGUUUUUCCGAGUUUUCUUUCAUUCAUCCAAAGACCGGAUUGCGAAGCAGCGGAGAGCCGCAGCACCUGUCCACUGAGAUUGUUGAUUAAAUAGCUAGUUACUACAAGGAUACC